UUGAACACUCUCACCUUUUGUCUUUGGGUGCCUCUUUGUCUCCACAGCCGAACACCCGUCUAAAACCAUGAGGGAGAUCGUUCACGUUCAAGCAGGACAAUGUGGUAACCAGAUCGGGUCCAAGUUCUGGGAAGUCAUCUCCGAUGAGCACGGCAUCGACCCCACGGGGGCCUACCACGGCGACUCCGACCUCCAGCUCGAGCGCAUCAACUGCUACUUCAACGAGGCCACCGGCGGCCGCUACGUCCCGCGCGCCAUCCUCAUGGACCUCGAGCCCGGAACCAUGGACUCCGUGCGCGCGGGCCCCUUCGGACAGCUCUUCCGGCCGGACAACUUCGUGUUCGGCCAGACGGGCGCGGGGAACAACUGGGCCAAGGGCCACUACACCGAGGGCGCCGAGCUCAUCGACUCGGUGCUGGACGUCGUCCGCAAGGAGGCCGAGUCGUGCGACGCGCUGCAGGGCUUCCAGCUGACGCACUCGAUGGGGGGCGGGACGGGCGCGGGCAUGGGCACCCUGCUCAUCUCGAAGGUCCGUGAAGAGUACCCGGACCGCAUCAUGUCCACCUACUCCGUCAUCCCGUCGCCCAAGGUGUCCGACACCGUCGUCGAGCCCUACAACGCCACCCUCUCCGUGCACCAGCUCGUCGAGAACGCCGACCAGUGCUUCACGCUCGACAACGAGGCACUGUACGACAUCUGCUUCCGGACCCUCAAGCUCACCACGCCCACCUACGGUGACCUGAACCACCUGGUGUCGGCCGCCAUCUGCGGUACUACCUGCUCCCUCCGCUUCCCCGGGCAGCUCAACUGCGACCUCCGGAAGCUGGCGGUCAACAUGGUGCCGUUCCCCCGCCUGCACUUCUUCAUGAUCGGCUUCGCUCCCCUCACCAGCCGCGGCUCGCAGCAGUACCGCGCCCUGACGGUCCCCGAGCUGACCCAGCAGUGCUUUGACUCGAAGAACAUGAUGUGCGCCGCCGACCCUCGCCACGGGCGGUACCUGACCUGCGCCGUGAUGUUCCGAGGGCGAAUGUCCACCAAGGAGGUCGACGAACAGAUGCUGAACGUCGUGAACAAGAACUCCUCCUACUUCGUGGAGUGGAUCCCCAACAACGUCAAGGCCUCCAUCUGCGACAUCCCACCGAAGGGACUCAAGAUGUCCACCACCUUCGUGGGCAACACCACCGCCAUCCAGGAGGUUUGGAAGCGUGUGGCGGAGCAGUUCACGGCCAUGUUCCGGCGAAAGGCCUUCCUCCACUGGUACACCGGCGAGGGCAUGGACGAGAUGGAGUUCACGGAGGCCGAGUCCAACAUGAACGACCUGGUGUCGGAGUACCAGCAGUACCAGGACGCCACCGCGGAAGAGGAGGGAGAGUUCGAUGAGGACGAAGAACUCGACGACGGAAUGAUGUAGACGCUGGAUGCCGAAUGUUAGUGCUGUGUAUUGUCUACGUCACUUUAACUGUCCUGAUUUCUGUCCGACAGAUCAUUAUACUUGCUUGCUGGUCGUGCAAGAAGUGGUGGUGGAUGCCCGAGGCUGGCGGGAUAACGCCCGAGGACACCGGUAGUGUUACGGAAGUCUUUCUCUUUCUUUUAGUUUAAUCAAAAUUUGUGUUGCUGGCAUUUGUUGGCCGUUUUGGCUUCUCCAGUUUUGUCUCGCUUUGUUGCCGUGGCUGUGUUGGGGUCGUCGGACUACUGGCAUUGUUGUGUAG